UAUAGUGCCGUUCUCUAAAACCCUCGUCGUCGUUGCCUUGCCCGCUCUCCCCUGCUGCCUUCUUGACUCGCUUCGCUUGCUGCUUCUCUGCAAAUCUGCUCCAACAUUUUGAUAAAUUUCAAUCCGUACUUGCCCGAGAGCGAUAAGUAUGUUGGACAUUAAUCUCUUUCGUGAAGAGAAGGGGGGCAACCCUGAGAAAAUCCGGGAGUCGCAGCGCCGUCGUUUUGCCAAGAUUGAUCUUGUUGAUGAGGUCAUUGAGCUCGACAAAGUCUGGCGGCAAAGACAAUAUGAGUUGGAUGGCCUGAGGACAGACAGGAACAGAAUUAGCAAGGAGAUUGCUCGUCUCAAAAUUUCGGGGCAAGAUGCCAGUGGAAUGAUUAAAAGCACUGAAGAAAACAGAGACCUAACUGCCAAGAAGGAGGCAGAGGUGCAGGAGGCCCUGGAAGCAGUGCAGUCGCGAUUGGGAACUAUUGGAAACCUUGUGCAUGAUUCGGUCCCUGUCAGUAAUGAUGAGGCAAACAAUGCAGUAAUUCGGUCAUGGGGAGAGAAGCGAACUGAACCAAAACUGAAGAAUCAUGUGGACCUUGUUGAGCUUUUGGGAAUUGCAGACAUAAAGAAAGGUGCCAAUGUGGCUGGGGGCAGAGGUUUCUAUCUCAAAGGUGAUGGAGUGCGACUUAAUCAAGCUCUGAUCAACUUUGCCCUUGAUUUUUUGGAGAAGAAAGGUUUUACUGCAUUGCAACCUCCUUUCUUCAUGAGGAAAGAUAUUAUGGCUAAAUGUGCGCAGUUGGCACAAUUUGACGAAGAACUUUACAAGGUUACUGGCGAAGGAGAUGAUAAGUAUCUCAUUGCAACAGCUGAGCAGCCACUUUGUGCAUAUCAUCUAGAUGAUUGGAUCCAUCCAUCACAGCUGCCUUUGAGAUAUGCUGGAUAUUCGUCAUGCUUCCGCAAAGAGGCUGGUUCACAUGGUCGAGAUACACUGGGAAUUUUCCGGGUUCACCAAUUUGAAAAGGUGGAACAAUUCUGCAUCACCACUCCAAAUGGAACUGAUUCUUGGGAGAUGCAUGAAGAGAUGCUAAAAAAUUCUGAGGAAUUCUACAAGCUGCUCAAAAUUCCAUAUCAAGUUGUAUCUAUAGUCUCUGGUGCACUGAAUGAUGCUGCUGCAAAGAAGUAUGACUUAGAAGGAUGGUUUCCGGCAUCACAGGCUUAUAGAGAACUUGUGUCCUGCUCAAACUGCACAGACUAUCAGUCAAGAAGAUUAGAAAUCCGUUAUGGGCAAAAAAAGAGCAACGAUAAGGUUAAGGAAUAUGUUCACAUGUUGAACUCCACCUUGACCGCAACGGAGAGGACAAUAUGCUGCAUUCUGGAGAACCACCAAAAGGAGGAUGGGGUAGAAAUACCCGAGGUUCUUAGAGAUUUCAUGGGUGGGAAAAGCUUCAUUCCUUUCAAGAACCCUCCCACCAAAGAGGCCAAAGGGAAGAAGACCAAGGAAUGAGAGCCACAUGAGGUUUUUGAUAACUCAAUCCAGCUUUAUUGAACGAUUUUCUUGGAAAGUAAGUUUUGGCUGUCCAGAAAACUCUUCUACAAGAAACUACCAAUGAAGGUAAUUAUGAAGAUGGGGUUUUGAAGAAUUCAGAGGGAAAUGAAAAGGAUUUGGAUUUUAUGGGAAAAUGUAGAUCUCUGUGGACAAUUUACCUCUUUUGAUCAAGAACAUGAUCUGCCUGAGUUUUUCAAGCAGUUUGAACCCAUCAAGAAUGUGAUUUGAUGAAGGGUAUGCUGAUAUAGAGAGGAACAUGGAAUUUUGAUUUGUGUUGUAUAGUGACCACUGUGCUCUUACUUAAACAUUUACCCCUUUUCGUCUC